AUGUUUGCCGUUGGAGCGAAACGCUCCAAAAUUUACGACAACUUGCUGGAGCACGAUCAGAACGUGAUUAAAGCUGAUGUGGACAGUAUGGUGCAAGAUUUUGCGUCGUCAGUGUCGUCGCUGGACGAAAACAACGCUACUGAUGCUGAAGUUGGAGAUUUGGCCGCUGACCCAGUGAAUUCGCUCAUGCGUCAGAUGUUCAGCCACUUUGGAGAAGUCCUGUUGGUCGACAGUACGCACAAAACUAACAGUCACAUUUUCCAGAAGCUCGUGUUUUGA